AUGGACGACGAAGCUACACCCCAGACAGUCGGUCAAGGUCAAGAGGACGAAGCUAUACGCGCAGUCCGACACCAAGGGACGCGUCGCCAGCUCCUAGAAAUUGUAGUCGAGGCAUUGACUAGAAACGUCAAAGAAGACCAUAUUCGCGAGAUAUUCGGCAAAUACGGCGUUAUCAAAGACCUUAGAAUGCCUAUGAAUCCAACUUUCAACGUAAAUCGGGGAACCGCCUAUAUCAUUUGGAUGGCGCCAAGAUACAGGUCUCAAUUGUUCUUCCACGACGCCGUUUUUCGCGGACACCACCGCCUGCGCGCAGAGGUCCACCGCCCCGAGAAAGAUACAACGACGAUUAUGACAGUUAUGGAGGCGGCCGUGGUGGAAGGGGACGUGGGGGAGGACCUCCUGGUGGAUAUCGACCACCGCCGAUGGAUGGACCACGCUAUCGAUCUCCACCGCGCAGACGGUCGCCAGAUCGAGGAGGGCAUUGGGGACGUGGUAGGGGUGGACGAGGAGGUGGUGGUGGAGGUUAUGGCCGACCGCGCUCAUACACCAGAUCUCGGAGUCGAUCACCACGGCGAAGUCGAUCACCGUCUUUCAGCAGAUCACCAUCUAGGACGCCACCCAGACGGCGAGGUGGGUACGGUAGGCGUGAUAGUCCACCCAGGAGAGGCAGGGGUGGCGGCGGAGGAGGUGGGAGAGGUCGAAGGAGUCCGAGCUAUAGUUCGUAUGGCAGUCGUAGCCCUAGGGAUCGCAGCCUGA